GCCGCGCAAUGAUAUCCACCCAACGCGUUUCCGUCUUUAUCGUCGCUAUUUUUCUCUGCUUCAUUCUCUUGUUUCAAAUCCUUCAAAAUGACGGCCCGUCAAUCAAUGAUAUCAAGAACAUAUCAUACAGGCCUUUUAGACCAAGCAUUCACGACUCGAUACUAGCCCUGUUCGAUUCGAUACGACACCCAAUAACGGAAAACUAUACCGACGUGUCCGGAACAAGGUUCCUGCUGGAACAGCCACCUAUAUGGACAAAACCUCUGAAAAAGAAGGUACUCAUUGUCGAUAUCGAUACGCGGGAGCCAUCUGGCGACAAUCAGAUUCUCAACUCCGCAAAGAUGGACUGGGAGAAACUUGAUGUGAGUGGAGGGGAGCUGGUCUCCAAUGGCAUAAUGAACCAUUAUCUCUACGCACAAAUUCACGGAUACGACUACAAGUUUUUCCAAGCGCAACAUAUCAAAGGGCAUCACGACACCUGGAUAUUACCACACGUUCUCUACGACCUCCUUCCCGACUACCAGUUCGUCGUUACGAUGGAUGCCGACGUCACAAUCACUCAUCUGGAGGUGCCUCUAGAAUGGCUUUUCAAUCGUUGGGGCCUCACAAAACAUACCUCGAUCAGCAUGCCCUGGGACCAGGAAGAAAUCUUAGGUGGCGAGACCGUCAGCAUCGACAGCAAGGGUCUGCAAGUGCUCAACACGGGCGUAGUGGCUGUGCAAAACCUCGAGUACACCUUCGAGAUGCUGGAAGCGUGGAAGGACUGCACGACCGAGAAGAGAUACAGCGGAUGCGGGCGAUGGAAAGAGGAGUGGAGCCAUGAGCAACGCGCCUUUUCUGAGUACAUCCGGUACGAUUUCAACCCCGCGGGCGACAAUAUUGUGGAGAUCCCGUGCGACGAUGCUAUGGGUUGGCCGGGCAUGAUGCACGAGUAUGAAGGCCAGAUCAUGUCGGAUUGCAAUGGGACGUUCUUUCGCCAUCAUACGCUCAGGAAGGACAAGACGAAGGAGAGUGCGAGCAGUGCUGUUAUGCAAGUUUUGUCGGAGAUAUUACAGCACGAGCUGUUGGAGCAUAAGGAUAAGGUCUGGGUUAAAGAAGCAGAGCGGAUCGAAGUCGAUGAGGCGCCGUCUCAUGUAGAGAACGUGGAUCUGAGUGGUUGAAAGUAGAAUUUUCUUAUGGCCUGGAUUGGAGAUACCCUUUAGAAGAGUUCGAGUCAGUGUUUAGACCAUUAGCGUACCGGCUCCAUCCGGGUAUUUC